CGGCGGGGGUCGUGGAUGUGGACCGCGGCUUGGAGGCCUUUCAGUACAGCUCGGGACCGGGGCGCUGGGCCGCCUCGAAGAAACCGAGGGGAGCCAUGAGGAGGUUGGGGCGUGGGGGAGACGAUUUGAAGGGUGCAUGUGACUAACUCAUCUCAGGAUCCCUCACCAGCCCUGGCCUUUCAGGAACCUAGUAGAAUUGGUCUGUCACUGGUUCUGGACACCUCAAGGGGCCAUGAGACUAGCAGGUCCGCUUCGUGUCGUCGUGAUUGUCUUGACCGCAGGGCUGACCUGGAUUCUUGUCAGCAUCAUGUUGGGUACCCAGAGCGGCUUCUCUCGCCUGCAGCAGCUCCUCAGCAGUCCCGAGAACCCUCCUACUCCAGAACCGAGGCCCAAGAAGUACAAGUGUGGCCUUCCGCGGGCCUGUCCGGAUCACUCGUUGGCCUUCCGGAUCACGAGUGGCGCCGCGAACGUCAUUGGGCCCAAGAUCUGCCUGGAGGAUAAAAUGCUGAUGAGCAGUGUGAAGAAUAAUGUAGGCCGGGGCCUAAACAUUGCACUGGUGAAUGGGGUGAACGGAGAGCUGAUCGAUGCCAAGUUCUUUGACAUGUGGGCAGGAGACGUGAAUGAACUGUUAAAAUUCAUCCGGCCGUUGCAUGAGGGGACGCUGGUGUUCGUGGCCUCUUAUGACGAUCCUGCUACAAAAAUGAAUGAGGAGACCCGCAAAAUCUUCACGGAACUGGGCAGCCGAAUUGCUCGGGAACUCGCCUUUCGAGAUAGUUGGGUCUUUGUGGGAGCCAAAGGUGUACAGGACAAGAGCCCCUUUGAGCAGCACGUCAAGAACAGCAAGAGCUCCAACAAGUAUGAGGGCUGGCCUGAAGCGCUUGAGAUGGAGGGCUGCAUCCCGCAGCGAACUGCUGAGGUCCAUUGAGGACCUGUUUCCAUGGAGCCUCUGACGUCUCUGCCUGUGCGGCAGAGAAUCCAUCCGUCUGUCGCUGUCUUCCCUUAUGGUGGCAGCUGUCUGUUCUCUCCCUCUGUGGCAGCCUCUUCUGGCUCUGCCUUAACUGGGCAAAAUCACGUUUUCCUUUCCAAAGAGCCUGCCUUGCCCACAGCCUGGGAAGUGGGGUAUUGUGAAAACAACACCUCUGGAUCAGCCCCCAACCCUCCCCUAGUGCCUUAUUUCUCUCCUGGGUGGAGGAGUUAAUGCAAUUUGUCCCUUUUCCUGUUGCUGUGAAUUUAGGGUGCAAAUGGGUCCUCUCUUCUGACAGUACUGGCUCAUGAACUCUGAUUUGAAGAAGCAUAGAUAUUUAUGUGCUAAAGUAUGGGCGAGUAACCUAUUUCCCCUCUGGGGGCUGCAUUUCCUCUGUAGGAAAGAGGUCAGGAGCCGGUGGUGGGUGGGGCCAAAGCCCAAAGAAGGCAGGGGCUUCUCUCCUUGCCACACCCUCACUGUCUUCUUCCACACAGCCACAAACCCAUUCACAUCCAUCUUUCCAUGCACUCCUUUCACAUACAUAAUCCCUCACACUGCCCAACUGUUUUGAAUCAACCAGAGGGGCAGAUUUUGAGGAGUGGGGAUGGUAGCCGGUAGGCCACAUGGGGAGGCUCUGUGGGCCACAUCCUGCCCAAGGGCUAGAGGUUAUCCUCCCCUGUGUUUAAGGGACCACUCUUUUCCCCUAUCAUGGUUCAUAGGUCUUCCGUUAACACCUCUGUCAUCACGAAACACUUCCCAAACUUCUAUUGUUUUGGCAGACUCCUGAAAGAUACCCAGUUGCUGUUUCCUGAAAGGUAAUGUUGGUGCUUCAGUUGUGAUGGGAAGGGGCAAAGGGUCCCAGCACCUUGUUCUUCCUUACAGGCACAGUCCUUACAGAUUCGUUGCAGCAGAGGGAAUUAAAGCGGAAUAUUUCUAUUUUCAAAACCCUUGUUGCUCAACUGCAUCUCCAAUAAACAAUCUGCACAACUGUU